UUUGAUUUUUAAAAACAACAACCAGAAAAUUCUGGUGCCAACAGAUGACGACGCAAAUAAUUUGGGGAUAUAAACAGAGGUGAGGGGAAAGGGGGAGAGGUAGAGGGAUGGGACUGCGUUAUACCGCAGGAAGAAGAGGAGAGACCAGAACCAGCAGGAGAAGAAAAAGAAGAAAAAACUUCUGACCCAACCAACCAUUCAUUCCUUCCUUCCUUCCUUCCGUUCUCUGAAUUUUGAUCAUACUCGUAGAUAGUCUGAGUCGUUUAUCCAUCGGUUUAUAUGAUCGCUAGCUUCACUGGCUUGUGCUUUGGUUUCUUGAGCAAUUAUGAAUCAACAGUGUCUUGUUGUAUGUUGGUAUGGGGGGCCAGAAGCCCUGAUCUUCCCAGUCUGUUUGGAUUCCUACAUAGUCUUUGGCUUUCUCCACUCAACAGAGCAAGGAAAUGAUAGUUGACAUCAUGACGUUUGGUAGAUUGAUGUCAUAAUUACUUGAACUAGAGUGGAAAUUCUCUAGGAAUUGAUUCCUUUCUUUCAGAAUUCAUAUCAUAGAGGACAUUAGGGAAGGAUUUACCUUUGAUUCUUAUUAUGGUUAUGGGACAUUGAUGGGAGUUGGAAGCUCAAUUUGCAAUACAUUCAUUAAGAGCUUGAGAAGAUUCCAAUUUUUUUGGUUGAACUGUGUUGGGAUUUUGGAGUGAAGAAAAUGAGGCUAUUUACAAGUGUAGGGAAGGUGAAUUGAUGAAAGGUCUCACUUGAAUCUUUGGAGGACAAAGUAUCUGUGGCUUACUGUAAAAUCUUGCUGAUGGGUUUGCCUCAAGUGUCCUCCAGCAACAUUGCUGAGGAAGUUGCUGCUUCACUGAACUCAAUUGUGCAAAAUCCUCCCCGGUUCGGCAGUGUGAGCAGUUGUGAUCUGGAUGGAAUUCACAUGGGAGUGGCAGUUAAUCGUAUCCAAGGGGAUUUUCCAUGUUCUUCUCUUGGAGAUUUCCAGAGGAAAACAACCUUGGACCUUGUCGAAAGCCCAGAUGGCCUAUUUAAAUGUGAAAGUCCUAUUACUGGUGCACACGGUGCUCAUGGGUGGAAAACUGAUCCCAAGGAGAAAAAUGGUUUGUUUCGUUGUAAAACUGGGCGCAAUAUUCAAAUUCCUGUUUCACGGAUUGUGGGUUUUGACUCUGGGGGAUCUGAUUCCUCUGUGAAUGAGUUAGAUGGAGUUUCACCUGAUCAUAUUCCUUUAUCUGCUGCGGUUACUAACACAACUGGCAAUGACACUGAGCCGCAUGGGUCAAUAGUCAGGAAACGGUUGUUGUCCCCCUUGAAUGGUAUGCUUCGGUCAGAUCAAUUCAAUGGUGAUCAGCUGGACAUUUGUGGAGGUGAUGGUCAGUUUGAUCUCCCUAUUCCAGGAGAUGAACUUAAUGCUUUUCUGGUGCAAGACCAUAAGAAAGCUCACACUGAUUCUCCAAGCACCCCAGUUUGUUCCGUAUGUAGUUGCCAAAGUUGGAAUAAAACGUUAGAUAAUAAGACUAGAAGUAACUCUGUUUUAUUCACUGAUGGCCCUUUGCUUCAGAACAAUGAGUCCCUACCUUACAAUUACUGCUUAUCUUCAACGGGGUUUGAUCCCUGUGGAGAACCAAGCAAGGUAAGAACCCAAACUGGGGCAAUAGCCAUAUCUUCAAAAAAGGUGAUAUCACCUCCUCUCUCUCUGUCCCCUCUUGGUCCAAAAUUCUCUGAAAGAAUGAAAUCUGCAGGAGUAUACAGGCAUAUCAGGAAAGAGAUCACAGGUGACCAUCUAACAUCAAUGAACAUGGAGAAGUCACCCGAUGGAAGUGCAUCAGAAUUUUCAUUCUCCCAUGCAGAAGAUUUGUUUAGUGUGACUAGCAAAUCAUUUCAAGGUCCUGCUAUUCUGCAGACUGACUGUGAUAUAUUUCCACCUGGAAGUACCAGUGGCAUAUGCCAGCAUUCAGGUCCUGAAUCGGCCCCUACACCCCAAUGCCUCAACUUUGUUAGAAGUUUGAGUGGACUUUCUGUGAGGAGGUCUUUGGUUGGUUCUUUUGAAGAGUCCCUGUUGUCUGGUCGGUUUUCAUCUGGCAAAGUCAGUCAGAGAAUUGAUGGUUUUCUGGCUGUUCUGAAUGUUACGGGGGGGAGCUUCUCACCCCCAUCGCUGAAACUUCCAUUCGCAGUAACUAGUGUGGAUGGAGAUAACUAUCUACUGUAUUAUUCAUCGAUAGACCUUGUGGGAAAUUUGCCAUCAAACAAGUGUAGAGGCUCCAAAUUGAAGAGAAGCCUUGGCAAUGAUGAUUCUCGAGCUUCCAAGAGCCGACUGCGUAUCCCCGUGAAAGGGCGCAUACAACUGGUUCUCAGCAACCCAGAAAAAACACCUCUUCACACCUUCUUUUGCAAUUAUGAUUUGAGUGAUAUGCCAGCUGGAACCAAGACAUUCCUGCGUCAGAAGGUCACACUAGCCUCUUCUGGAGCAACUUCUAUCCCUGUGAAAGGUGGAGACAGAAAUUUUGACAUGAAAAAUGAGCCCAAGGUGAUAGUACACCUUAAAAGAGAAGCUGGCAAGCCAGAUGGAGUUAAAGAUGUACAUACCAUGAGAUCUCACAAUCAAAGUGCUAAAGUUAUCGACAAUGAAAGUUCCAAAGUUAAAAGUUGUGUAUAUAGUGGUGAUAGUCAGCAACAUGACCUGUCCUAUAAAUCCCAGAAUAAGGGAGGGACAAGUCCCUUGUUAUUUCCACCUAGGGACUGUCUUGGGCAGCCAAAUGGCAUUGGUCUUGCAGUAAGUGCUGAGAAUGGGUUCAACAGCAGCGAUUGCGAGAAGAUUGAUGGGGAGGAUUAUAUCAUGAUAGAUAGUUGCCAUGAAACUGACAAAAAAUCUGUACAUAGUUCUUCAAAGGUUAAUGAGAGCAGUUCUGGUGGUGGUGUUCUGCGUUAUGCUCUUCAUCUCCGUUUCCUCUGCCCUUCUCUAAAAAAAUGUUCAAGGUCAAUCCAGAAAUGCAAAUCUGAUCCUUUAUCUGCUCCAGAAUCAAAUCAUUUGGAUGAUGAAGGGGAGCGGCGCUUCUACUUAUACAAUGAUUUGAGGGUUGUGUUCCCUCAGCGGCAUUCAGAUUCUGAUGAGGGCAAGGUGAUGUUGACAUUGUUGAUGGCUGCUUGUGCUGCAUCCACUGCUGUUGGUCAGAUUGGUCGUAAUGGAAAUACCCACUCAUCUUGGAUGCCUAUAUGCGACCACUUCGCGGCUUUCUGCCACAGAGUCUCAACUUCUGUUACUUUCUCUUACUUGGCCGUGUUGAUAUUAUUUGGUCUCACUGUGUUAUCUGCACUUCAUAUGCCAGCCAAGCCAAUAUCAAGCUCUUUAUCAGUAUGAGUUGCAGAAAGAGAUGGGAAGAGGAAAUUAAAAGAGCAGAUUUAGGAAGUCUAGUCGGCUAUUAUGGCAUGAAUGUUUUUUUCCCUUUCUAACAAUAACUAUGAUUUGAGAGAGAAAGCUUUUACUUGUUACAAUUAAGUAGUUCACUUCUUGUUGAGGAUGAUAUUUUACUAUUAUAGAUUGGUUUUUCUCCUA